AACAUGUGAAUACAUGGAUGCCACAGAAAACUAAAUACCAUGAGCAAGAGGAAGCCAAUGUUGUGGAAACUAUAACAAACAUGAGCAAUCCUUUUGAUGUGGAUGGCAGCAUGAUCAAUAUUGCCAGUGGAAAGGUCGCUACUGCAGAUGUCUCUAGAGACAUAAACUGUGCAGAUGACGUUGGAGGACAGAAAUGUAAAAUUUUUAUAUCAAAAGCAUUUACUUAG